AUGUUCUUACUGCAGUGGUAUCUUGUAAAUCUGGACCAAAGCCUAACCAAACUCAAAGUCAGUAGCGCCUCCACCGCUAGUGGCAAAGUUGCAUCAAAUAAGAAUAACAAGGAGUUUCAGACGGGGGUAUCAAGUAUUUUGGCCUCUUAUGAUGUUAUUUGCAAGUGCUUAAGAGCAUUUUCGGAAGAUCUUUUUGUGACUACCUCUGAACGGGAUUUAUUUGCAGGAUUAUAUCUACGACCUGCCUAUCUUUUUCUAGAGAAUGAGCAGCUGGUUAAAGAUGAAGGUGUUAGAAUGCAUUUGUUCAAAUGUAUUUGCAUAGCAGUUAAAUCACAUCAUCAACAAUUGGGCGUUUUAACGUCUCUAUUACAAUUACUUAUCUAUUACGAGCAUUUAUCGGAGCCCCUAGCUGAACUUCUUCAAAUUUUAUAUGAACAAUACGAUCACUCAGGAUUGGGAGAUGAAAUUUUACAUGAGUUGAGUACUAAGACCUUCAAUAACAAUGAUGCUAAGAGUCCCAAAGUCAUUUCUGUCUUUUUGAUCAAACUUUCCAAACUUGCUCCAUUGCUAGUCAUGAAAAAUAUGACGGUAAUCGUCAAGCUUCUGGACAGUGAGUCAUUUACACUCAGAUGUGCCAUUAUUGAAGUGGCUGGUAAUAUUGUAAUUCACUUCUGUCGUCAGGAUGGUGAUCAAUCCGAGGAGACUGGUGCCAAUAUUGAACAACACAAGACUCAAGUGCAUGUGUUGUUAGAUUUGGUUGAAGAGCGCUCAAUGGACAUCAAUCCGUACUGUAGAUCCAAGGCGCUACAGGUGUUAUCAGCUAUUUGUGAACUGGAAACAAAGUUUGUUAAAAGGAGACCAGUAAUGACAAAGAUAGCAGUUCAAGCGCUCAAGGACAGAGCCACUUUAGUGAGAAGACAAGGAAUCAAGCUUAUCAAUCGAUUGAUUUCUACUCAUCCUUUCAAUCAGUUACAUGGAUCUCAAUUGAACCUGAAAGAAUGGAAAGGCCGACUAGCCGGAGUCAACCAAGAGCUGGACAAAAUCGUUCCUUCCGACGCCGGUGAUAUGUCUAUGCUUGAUCCCGAUGCUCUAGAUAGCCCAUCAGAUGAUGAUAGUGAAGGGGCCCCGGAAAAGCAGACCACACCAACAGCUGACGUCGAACUAAUCAACAAACUGCAACUAACUGCCAAAUACUACAGUGAAGCAAUUGAAUUUAUCAACCUUAUUCAUGAAGCUCUUGAUAGAUGUGAGACUCUCUUAUUAUCUAAGCACAAGACAGAGGUGAUUGAUUCCAUGGAUCUGUUUGUUCUAGCAGAUGCAUAUGGGAUUCAACAUGCUAGUACCGGAAUCCGUAAAAUGAUCCAUCUUAUCUGGGCGAAAGCAAACAAUGACGAGGGCCAGCAAAUUCAGAGUCAUCUUGUGGACUGCUACCAGCGAUUGUUCUUUGAAACUCCAGCAGAGAUGCCAGAGAGAGAAGCAAAUAUACUGGUUGCGAGAAACUUAAUGAGCUUAACGUAUGGUGCCACUUUAGCAGAGUUGGCUUCUUUGGAAAAGCUGUUGAUGUUGGCUAUGGAGAAGGACCAGCUUAUUUCUCCAGGUGUAAUCAGAACGCUAUGGAAAGUAUAUAGUUUUCAACAGCGGGAAAUUUCCAAAUCUCAGAGACGUGGCGCUAUUAUUAUAAUAGGAAUGAUUGCCAAGGCAGACCAUUCGGUGGCAACAGCUGGAAUGGAAAUGCUACUUAAAAUUGGUCUUGGUGAGCAAGGAAGAGCGGACUUGGGUCUAGCCAAAUACACAUGCGUGGCACUCCAGCAAUGUGUUUCAGAAGACGAAUGGAAGAAGGCCAAUACUGGUAGCCCUGCUAGGCUACAGGUCACUCAUGAGGCUAUUGCCGCCCUUGCAAAUGUGCUUAUCGAUCAUUGCGAUGAUUGGGAAUGGUUUGGUGUUGCUGAGCAGGCAAUCAAGGCAAUAAAUGAUUUGUGUGAGUCGCCAGAUAUUGUCUUUUCUGAAAUAAUCCGGACAAAAACGAAGAAGAUAUUUGGUGCUGAGGAAAGCACUCGUACGCCGAAGCAAAAAGAAGCAUCUUUGAGUCAGCUUUUGUUUAUUAUCGGAGAUGUAGCUCUUAAAACUCUUGUACAUCUUGAAAGAUGUGAGAUUCUUUUCAAGAGAUCAAAGAUCGCAUCUGAAAAGGCAAGUGCUAGCCAAAGAGAAUCUAAGUCAAAAGAUGAUGGUAACAAGUCGGCUUCAGCUGAGCAAGAAGAUGAUCUUAACGCAGCUGCUGGUGGAGGAACUUCGGAAGAUGACUUUUCAGAAGCAAUUGCAUAUAUUCGAGAAAGGGAACUUUUGUUUGGAGAAAAGUCCCUCUUGACAAGAUUUGGUGUAAUGGUGUCAAACAUUUGUCGACAGGGACUCUCAAAGAACUUGGAUGAGAAGCUGAACGUGUCAGCCACGUUAUGUCUGGCCAAAUUUAUGUGUGUGUCGGCUACCUAUUGUGAGCAGAAUUUGCAAAUAUUGAUGGCAUUAAUGGACAAGUCCGAUAAUUCCACAAUCCGAAGCAACUGUGUACUUGCAUUAGGAGAUAUUGCUGUAUGCUUCAACUAUAUGCUUGAUGAGAAUACCGAUUUCUUAUAUCGCAGGCUCCAUGAUAGAUUCUCUGUUGUCCAGAGGACAUGUUUGAUGACGCUUACCUUCUUAAUUUUAGCUGGACAAGUCAAGGUCAAGGGUCAAUUGGGUGAAAUGGCCAAGUGCCUCGAAGAUCCGGAUAAGCGGAUUUCUGAUUUGGCUCGAAUGUUCUUUACCGAACUAUCGACAAAGGACAAUGCCAUUUAUAAUGGCUUUAUUGACAUGUUCUCUAUGCUCAGUGCUGAUGGUGACUUAUCUCAAGAAUCACUUCAUAAAAUUCUCAAGUUCCUCAGUUCGUUUAUCGACAAAGAGAAGCAAGUCAAACAAUUAUCCAACAAGUUGCUUGAUAGAUUGGUUCGUAGUGAGAGUCAGAAGGCAUGGAAUGAUAUCAGUUACGUCCUUGGUAUUCUUCCCCAUAAAAGUGAGGAGAUCGAUGCCAAGAUUCAGGAAGGAUUUAAAUAUACUGCGGUCAUUGUCGAGUAA